AUGAAUGGAAACCAAGCAACAAAUAGCGUAGGAAGCGCAAGCACCGAGGCUAAUUCACAGUUGCUGGGGACCAUUCGUACCGAUGGUCUUAUUGACAUGAAUUUCCCAUUGAUAAUGAACGUAUUUCAAACUCAUAUCUCUAUUCUCAUUGGGUAUCCAUUUUUGUUUGCUUAUUUCCUGCAAGUACUUUUCAUGUCAAUAUGGCCCUGGAAUAAGUAUAUGGAAGGAUUUGAAAACUAUCCUGUUCUUAAAUGGAUCUAUCAAAUCCUCUACAUGAGAAGAUUUCCAUCUACUGAAAAUGACUACUUUAUACAAGCAAUAAUCAUAUUUGUACCUAAUAUUAUCAUAUUGUUUAUCAAUUUUUAUCAAUUAUCUUACUAUAAGCUUAACCGUAAGUUUAUAUCAGCAAUGAAUUAUCCACUUAGACUUUACUUCGAAUCAUUAAUGAUUGCCACUAAUAUGCCAGCAAUGGUCGGUGCUUUGGAAACGUUAUUCAAAAUUUUUCACGGAAACUUUAGUUAUAAGAUCAUAAUUUCCUGCAUUUUAUUCUUAUUUACAUACAUAUACGAGUAUUUCGGAUUUAUUAUGAUUCAAAGUCUUGCUUCUCGCACUGCAUUUCUUACUAAAGGACCUUUAACGAAUUUCGAUCCAGCAAUCAUGAUAUAUGUUAUUGUUACGAAUAUAAUAGUCAUGAACCUCUACUUUUUGCUACGUCUUUUCGAAUCUUGGGCUCAAUUAUUAGCAAUUUUACUUCACAUGGGCGUUUAUGCGUAUUUAUCAUAUUACAUGUCUUAUUAUCAACCAUUUAUUGACGUCUUAUUCCAAGCAUUAGGUGAUGGAUGGUUUUUUGGCGUUACAGUUGGUGAUUUACUUUCAUUUAUCUGUUAUUUCAUUAAAAAAGAUAUGCAUUACUAUCCUCUUGUAGGAGCAUUGAUUGUAUUUGGUCUUGCAACAGGAUGCGCAUUGAUUUAUAGCAUAAUAAAGAGAAAGAAAAUAAUUAAACAAUUAGACAAAUCAUUUUCAUCAAAAGAUGAUGCAACUGAUUAUUUUGAUGAACUUGGAUUAGCAGAUAACGAACUCACAGCCCUUUUAUACUUAAGAAUUGCUUUCAUUUCUUAUUCUCCUUGUUUCUAUGAAUGGACAUUAGUAAAUUACCUUAUUGAUACAUACAACGAAGAGCUCACACUGUCAACGUGCCUACAAAUGGUCCACUUUUUCCCAAAGGAAACAAGAUUAUUAAAUAAAAUUUCCAAACUUUUGCUCAAACGUCGAUCGUUGGCCUUCCUCGACAGAUUCCUUAUAUUCCAGAUCGAUGCCGUGAAGACAUUACGUAACUUUACCGUUUCAAAUGCUUCGAAAUUGAAGUUGGUUGAAUUAAGAACAAUGAGUCGUCAAUGCGAGAUGCUUGCAAGAGGCGCUGUUGAUUCUCCUAAGCUCGGAACCGAAUAUUUCGAAAGCUUGGCUGAGAAAACUCAGUCAGCAAACGCAAUUUGGAGAGAAUCAAUACUUAGUUCUCCUAAUAACCCAAAGUUUUGCGAAGAAUUCGCGAAGUAUUUGAUCAAUGCUGAGUGUGAUUUCCCUGGAGGCCUCAAAAUGAAGCAUCGUCAGAAUAUUAUCGAAUUUGGAACAUCGUUCAGCGUUGAUAACUCGUUCAGAAUGAUGAUUGCAGCAUUUCCUAAGUACUUAACAGAGAAAAUUGUUGAUUUCCAAGGAAAAAUCAUCAAAAAUAAUGGAGUUAACCGCAAAGCUAUGUCGAAUAUGCUGAAUGGAACUAAUGGUUCAAAUGGUUCCAACAACAGCAACUCGUCAAGCAGCCUCGAAACCGAUAUUUCAGAUUUUGAUAACCAAGAUUUGGGUUCUGAAGUGGAAGAACACCUUGGCAAGCUAGUUCUAACUCUUCCCAGAGAGAGAUUAGCACUCCACAGAUGCUUAAUGAACAAAAUUCCACUCGAAAUCAAAUAUGCCACAACAACAAUGAUCUGGAAUGUUCUUUUAUGCUGUGCUUUGUUCAUUUUCGGUUGGCAGUAUUCCAGUUUUGCUCUCAAAAAGCAAGUUGAAGGGAUGGAUCAAAUUGAAUCUUUCGCAUUUGCCAGAUUCUACUCAUCAGUAUCGAAUACAGUUCUCGAAAUUGCAGAUUACAUGUCCAAAGAAGCCAAUGCACAGAAGCUUGAAGCAAUUAAAGACCUAUUUCAUAGUGAUGAUGAUCCAAUAUUUAAAUUGUUCAAUGAAAGCCUUCUUUUGCAGAUGCUGAGUUUCUCAACUAAUUCUUCUUCAGAAUUUACUGAAGUUUUCGAUCACAUCGCAAAUGAAGCUCUCAAUGGAGACAAUGUUGAGAAAUACAUUGCACCAAUCAUUGACACAAAGUGGGAAUUCCAUGUCUGCCAUGGAACACAACCACUUCCAACUGCAGAUAAGAUGUCUUUCUCAUCAAUGUUGUCACUUUUAAUAGUUUAUUCAAGAAUUCUUUCAGGAGCAGCAGAACCACCACAUUUGAAUAACUCUCCAGAGAUUUGCAUGACAGUACUUAACUAUAUGUCCAUUUAUAAUGGUUCUCUUCAAGUUUUCGAAUCAAUAACUAAUAAUCAACAAGAUAUUGGCUCGAAAUGGAAGAAGAGAUUCAACGUGCUUCAAAUAGCACUUCCAAUCGUUAUCUUUUUCUUAGUUUUGGCUCCAUUACUUACAAUUCAUGUUAUGUCAUCAAAAUCACUUCAUUUGAUCAUAGAUAUGAUCAAAUCCUUUGACAUUAAAGCAAAAUCACAAGCUAAGGAGCCAAUUAUGCUGAAUUCCUACUCUGAUGACAUAAAAGUCGCAGAUUACCAUUCAACAACAAAGAGAUCAGCUGUUUUACUAUUCAUUUUAUUCGUAAUAUCAGCUUGCAUCUUCAUCUGUGCCUUUUUCGGUUUCAGACUUGUUGUUAAUUCAAAUUCUUCAAUAAAUAAGAUAACGAAUUGGAAUUAUUUGGCAGCAAUUAGAUUGGCAUUAUCAUCAGAAUCAGCAGGACUCACCGUUAUGGUUGCUUCUUUGAUGAAUUACGUUGGACAAUUUAAUUAUUUAGAUCCAACCCUAACCGUUCGGCUUUCAUACUUCGUCCUCUCAAAGCUUGUUCAAGUAGAUAAAGCGUUAGUGGAUGGAACUUCCACAAUUCCUGCUUGCAGUGGUUUUGACCAAUCGUUAGACGAAUUGAAUCUAAUUGACUCCGAAAUCAGCUCGGAUGUCGAUGAUCCAACAAGGACAUAUGUCAAUGCAAGUAUCCACAAAAUGAUCGAUGUUUAUUACAGUUUUGCUUAUAGUAUCAUCCAAAGUAUGAGCAAAUCUCCACCUUCGUAUAAUAUUAAUGAUCUCGUAAACGCCAUUUAUUUGACGAAUUACAGAUUAUUCUCGAAGGAAUUGAAAUUUUCAUCAAGAUUAAUUGAAUUGGCAGAGAAAGAAACCACCAAUUUCACUAUCACCAUAUCAAUUAUCUUCGCUGCUUACUUUGUUCUCCUUUUAAUUCUGAUCCUUUUCUCAUAUGUUUACGAAUUGUACAGAAAAUACUCUUACCAAGCCGCAUUAAUGGUUCUAAAGCGAUUUUCACCAUACGAACUCCUCAAUAACAAGCUCUUUAACCAAGUUUUCCUCAAAGGAAAGAGCGAUAACAAAAAUGAGAAACUUUCCGUUGAAGGAAACAUCAUAAAGAACUCUAACUCUCCUAUUUUCUGCACAAGCCUUGCAGGAAUGAUCGAAAUUGUCAACAACGGAACAACAGAAUUACUCAGAUACACUCCAGAACAAAUGUUAGGCCAAUCCAUAUCUGUUUUCUUCAAAGAAAGGGAAGUAAUGGUCCAAAAACUGGAAAUAAUGAAGAACGGCCAAAGCUCUAACUACGUUGAAGAAGAUUUAACCACUUUUACUGAUUCAGGAAACGAAAAACCAGUCCAUGUGACAAUUAUUGGCAUGAAGAAGGAUAAUGACAAUGAUAUUAACUCAUUCGUCAUCACCAUGAGAGACCAAACAGAAUUGAUAAGCCAAAAGAAGCAAGCAGAAGAAGCAAAAGCAAAAUCCGAAAAAUUAUUAUAUCAAAUUUUGCCAAGAGAUGUUGUUGUUCAAUUGAACAAGGGUGAGAAAGAUAUAUCAUUCGUUGUUCCAAGCGCAACAAUCAUUUUCAUUGAUAUAAACAAGUUUUCGGAAUAUUCUGCAAAUCUGACACCACAAGAUAUCAUGGCAAACCUGAAUCACUACUUCGCAUGCAUUGAUAAGAUCGCUGCCAAAUACAAUAUGCUCCAAAAGAUCAAAUUAAUUGGAGAUAUUUAUAUGGCUGCGGCUGGUUUGUUCAAUACCGAUUCUCCUGCAGAGCAACAUGCUGAACAAACAAUUUUAUUCGGUUUGGAUGUUGUUGCAACAAUGGAUGAGAUAAAUCUCAAACUUGAUGCAAAUCUCCAGAUCAGAGUUGGUAUAAAUAGCGGCGGACCAGUCAUCGCAGGUGUAUUAGGAACAGAUAAACCCGUUUUCGAUAUCAUUGGUGAUCCAAUUAACGUUGCUGCAAGAUUACAAUCAACAUGCGAAGUAAACAGAGUCCAUAUAUCUCAAGCAACAUUUGAUUUGGUCAAAGGAUCUAAUUUCGACGUUGUACAAAGAGGAGAAACUUUCUUGAAAGGAAAAGGAAAACAAAUUACAUAUUAUAUCAAUUCUCCAUCGAGAGCAUUCAAUACACUUGGAAGUCAGCAGUUUAUUAUCAACCAGCCUCAGAAUAAUAAUCCAGCUCCAAGUUCAAACUUAGUUCCAAAAGAUUCUAAGUAA